AUGUCCGUUUCUUUUGACCGAAUUGACCGUCUUUCACCAGAAAGGAGUAACUGGUGCAUUGUUGUUAAGGUUGUUAAUACUUGGCAAGCGUUUGAUGAUGACGGCUUGGAGUACUUCAACUUCCUUCUAAUAGAUGCAGAGGGGAAGAAGAUUGUUGGAACUAUCGGAAAUUCUCGGAAUGAAAAUACUCUCCGGCAAUCUCUAUGUCUCAAUGAAUGGAAAUGUAUUCGCAAUUUCAACGUCGUUAUAAACCAAUCAGAUGUUCGGUUGACGAGGAUCAGAACCAAGAUUAUCCUCAUAGGUAGAACAGAAGUAACCCGAGCCGUAGAUCCGCAAGUUUAUCAGCCGAUGGAUUUGGUCACGUUUGAAGACGUGGUCCAUGGUACUACCGAAAUGGGUGAAACUUAUCAUGUGGCUACAAUACACGUUGAAAGUGUACGAGGAAUAUCUUCGUUCGAGUUCAAUCCACCGUGUACCGUGAAUCGUGAUGCCCAAAGGCUCUGUGAAGAGACGUGGAGGAUCCAAGAUGAAGCAAUGAGCCUAGAAGACGGAAGUUCAUAUAGCGACGAGCUUUUCCAGUGA